GCAAUUUUCUCUCCGCAGGGCUCGUGCUCGCCGGGCACCUGCAAAUGGCUGCACCGCGUCGAGAUCCACUGCAAUGCAAUCCGGACGGCGGGUGCGCGUCCAAUGCAAGGCCUAAAUGAGAGCUCGGGGCCGGACGGUGCAAGUUGCGAGGGCGCAUUUCUGGCGGCCUGGCGAAGGAGUGAGGAGUGCGGGACCCCCUGAGCGUGCGGCCCGUUUGCAAGCUCGGGCGCCCAGCCCCUACCGCCCAUUCGAGGAAGUUUUGCGUGUGAUGUGCGAUGUGCCCUGCUGAUGCGUUGCUAUGGACUCUACGGAUAACACGGAGGAAAGAGAAGACGAAAAAUGUCCCACCACCGCUCGCCCCGCGACUCCUGACAUCAGCGAGGAUACUUCACUGCCUGACCAAGAACAAAGCUUCGCGGCAGCCGACUCCAAUAGCAGCAGCCCAGCCAAGUCGUUCGUGGCGUGCAAGGUGUGCGGAGAUAAAGCGUCCGGUUACCACUACGGUGUCACCUCCUGCGAAGGCUGCAAGGGAUUCUUCCGAAGGAGCAUCCAAAAGCAAAUUGAAUACCGGUGCCUACGGGAUGGCAAGUGCCUGGUGAUUCGGUUAAAUCGUAACCGCUGCCAGUACUGCCGCUUCAAGAAAUGCUUGGCAGUGGGCAUGUCUAGAGACUCGGUGCGAUACGGGCGAGUGCCGAAGCGUUCCCGGGAGCGAGGUGGCUCUUCAGGGCUCGCGGGUGAAGAGGGCCUCUCACUGGGCAGCCCCGGGGAGGCAGACCAGUGUGCACGGGACCUCGAGAGCCAGCAGCUCGCCAUGUACGACAUCAUCCUGACCAUCUCCCAGGCACACCACGCCCAUUGUGCCUACACGGAGGAGAAGACGCGCGCCCUUGUGCGCCGGCCAGCCAUCUUCAGCCUGGAUGAGGUUGGGGGCAGUGGCGAGGGCCCGGGCAGUGCACCACAGCCGGACAGCCCUGAGCAAAGCAAACUGGGCCUAUGGCAGCAGUUUGCCACCCUGGUGACCCCCUCGGUCCAGAGGGUGGUCGAAUUCGCCAAGCGCGUGCCAGGAUUCCUUGAUCUCGUCCAAGACGACCAGCUCAUUCUCAUCAAGGCCGGCUUCUUUGAGGUGUGGCUGGUGCAUGUAUCCAGGGGAGUGCUGGUUGGUCUCCCACAUGACACGCUCACUUUUAGCGAUGGCACCUACCUCAUUCGGCAGCAGCUCGAGCUUAUGUUUGACCACGACUUUGUAUCGGCAAUGUUCAACUUCUUUGUGGCGUUCAACAACCUCCAGUUGAAUGACACGGAGAUUGGCCUCUUCUCAGCCGUUGUGCUGCUCACAAAUGAGCGCAGCGGGCUGUACGACAGCAAGGCCAUCGACAUGGGCCAGAGUCGGCUGUGUGAGGCGCUGCGGCUGCAGGCGGGUCGCAACCACCCGGGGGACCCGGGGCUCCCUGGGCGGGCGUUGGCCCUGCUGGGGCCCCUGCGUGCCCUGGGGCUGGCACAUGCCCGGCACUUGGCUUGGCUGCGCCCGCACUGGCAUGCCCUGCGCCUGCCCCCACUCUUUGCGGAGAUCUUCGACAUCCCUGCCGCACAGCCACAGACUCCGCAGCAACCACAACCGGCGACAGAGGACGCCGCUGUGGCAGGAACAGCUACUUCUUGAAGGCUGUUCUCAGGUAGCCCAUCUCAGCAGGGCCAUCGGUCCUCGCCAAUGUUUUGAGUGGUGUGAAUCUGGACCGAUACCCGUGAAGCAUCUGCAGACUCCUGCAAGAAUCUCAUUGUGGGACCUUUUGUGUCCAUCAUCAGUAAUUUAUUUCUUCAUGCCGUAACCACGGCACACACGACGAGCCCGCAGUGUUCUCGCGACACCUCGCACUGUGCUGUCCCGAGGACCCUCCUGGAACGAUCGCCUUUCGUGGACAUCUCAUAGGCAUUCCUGUUCUGGGGCAGUCCACAUGGGUGGAAUGGCACGGAAUUGCUUUAGCCGCUCUGGGUUUCUAGAUAACGUUGCGUUGGCAAAAACACGGUUCUAAGUCUGUUGUCAACCUUGACAUGGCAUGUGAUGCCAGCUCCUCCAGCAGGGGGUUAACACGCAGCCACACAGGACUCCGCGAAUGAGAACAAUGAACAUACCCACCUUGAUGCAUGUCUUCUAUUAGGCCAGCACACAAGAGUUGCAGUUGUACAAAUCUUGCCCAAUGUUUUCCAAGUCCAAUGCAACAGGAAAGCUUAGAAAGGCUGUAAUUGGUGCAUCGUCAUUCUAGUUUUGACUGUAGAUUUUAUCUAAACUCAGUCAGCAAGAGCAACUAUACGGUGAUAAAAGACAGGCUGUUCUUGUCGGUUAGUUUUACGGCUAGCCCGUCUUCCUUUAUGUGUCCCUAGUUGGGUGCAUUGGUUUAGGUGUGCGUGUGAGAAAGCGCAGUGCCCGCUUGACGCGUGUACUUUCAAUGCAAAAAGAUUUGGUGUUCGUUGUAACUGUGCUUAUAAUGUAUAGUGUACAUUGUUUUAGGCAGCAUCAGCUCUUCAUACCCUUUAGCCGUUAUAUGAGAAGCUCCACCGCCGUUCAUUAUUUUAGGUAUCUUGUCAUGUAAAAUGUACUACGAGGCUAUGUUUGACCAUUCAAUGCCUACUUGGAGCCAUGAAAAAAAGUUUCUUUACAGUAGCCAGCCAUUUCUUUAUCCUCUUUUCAAUUUUCCAUGUCAAUUUUCUUAGGGAAAGGCACUCGUGUGGUUGUCAUCGAUUUAAAGCAGUUGUUUCAACAUCAAAAUUUCAUCAAGAUCAGCUUUAAAUUGGCAUUUCAGCUGAUUGUGUGUCUUCCGACACCCGCAGCACCUACAAGACAGUUUCUACAGCCGUUGGUGUCAUCAUUGGGAUCAGGCACACCUAUUCUGACCAGUCGUGUGAAAUACAGUUAAACCCUGACAUAGCAACGCCUGUAAAAUCGGCCAUUUACUUUGUCAUACCGAGAGUUCCUUAGAUUGAAAUUCAACCUUUUAUACAUUGUCCAGUCAUCAAAGGCUUCUUUUUUGCACAAGAACAUUUUAACAAUACGGCACUAGAAAAAACUAAUUCAAUUAUGUAAAAAAAAAAAGAGAAUAAAUUUUCUUGAGAAUUGGAUAUGGAAAUUGAAAAUUGGACUGCGCUCUUUCCUGUCUCCCUCCUUCUUUCCUGCUGGUUGCACAGCAAGUCGAGUUUACAAACAUGGAUAUGGAGUCCGUAACUUGAUGUAGCACCUGUGAGGUCCAUGUCACGCGUGAAGCUGAAAGAAAUUCAGGUUUAACACACUGUGGUGAUAGGGUUAGCUGAGCUAUCACGCCUAUUCUGCCACUGUGGCUUGUCCUCAAAGCCUCAGUUGUAGCUUGGGGAUGCGAUGCCAACGCUAUUACGUUCACCGAACUGUACCACUUGCUUUCCACUCACUCCGAUGAACGCACAGCAUCGAAAACCAUCCAAUGUCAGAAACCCAAGACAUCUGCGAUCUUAAAUCUCGUGAAAGCAAGGCGACAACCUGAAUUACAGCACCCUAAUUUGGGGCGUAUACACAAGACACGGCGCAUAUGCUAGAACAGUCGGGCAAGACACGGUAUGGCAUCGCAAAUUUCGGUCACCACUAUACAUUGGUUCAACAGUCGUUUAAGUUGGCUUUCUCAUUGAAAAUCCGCAUAAUUUUAUAGAACCCUAUAGUAAUGUGGCUUGUAACUGCAAGCAUAUUAAAAAGGAACAAAAAGAAAUCAGUUGGCUCCUAAUUAAAACUAGCUGCAGCAGUGCCCUUGCACAAAAGAAAACUUUCAUUUGCGAUGAGGGCAGCUGUUUCGAUUGCUUCUGUUGAGAAUUUAUCCUAUGUACUUCAGAGUCCAGAACAGCUUCUAUCUGAGUUCAGGAUAAUGAAGAGGGAGCUCUGCGAUAGUCAAACUCGGAUAUAUUGAAUCUAAAGGGGAUCACAAAAGAGUUCUAUAUAUACAGGGUGUCCCAGCUAUAACACAGCACGAUUUAAGAAAAGAGGAAUGGUGUUACUCGAAGCAAACCUACUGCAUAUUGUUUCUAGUGCACUGGAUUAGCCACUGUUAUUUUUUACGUUAAUGAGGUUUAAUUAAUUAGUCAUAACUAUAUUUGUAACUCAACAACUACUCACCUAAUUGUCAAAAUGUCAAUGAGGCAUAUGUAGGCAUGUUCAAAUGGCAUCUAACUGUGCUACUUUCAACAACGUACUAAUUAUGUACUCAUUUUUUCCGGCUGAUAAAGAAAGCCCGCGAAAUAUGAAAAGUAACAUGUGACUAUGCUCCCACCCGCAAAGGAAACCAGCGCCCUCAAAUAAGCUUAACGCAAGCAACUGCUUUGCCUGUUGUCCGUUGCCAGAGACAGCGUUCCGCAUUUGUCAAGGGUACAGGUCAGGCACCAACGAUAUGCGUGCAAUUUCGCUGGGAUUCAUUCCGUUGAAUAGUACGCCACAAUCAUUAUCCAUAUCUCAUUGCUGACUGUUCUCAUUGAUAACGUGGCAGGUGUUCUGAUUACGCUUGACUCUGUAAAACCAAGCGGUGCGUUUCUUAGGCCGGGGAGUGGCAGAUAGGGCGAUACAUUUUUUUUUUCUUUCUGCAUUUUUUCCUCGAUACUGUCCACCUUAUAGGGGGCCUGUAUGAGGGCGCUGGUUCCUGACAUGGGCAACAGUCUAGUCAUAUGUCACUUUUCAUAUUUCGCGGGCUUUCUUGAUCAACCGGAAAAAAAUGAGCGCACAAUUAGCACGUUGUUGAAAGUGGCGCAGUUAGAUGCCAUUUGAACAUGCCUACAUACGGCUCAGUGACAUUUUGACAAUUAGGUGAGUACUUGUCGAGUUACAAAAAUAAUUAUGACUAAUUAGUUAAACCUCAUUAACGAAAAAAAUAGCAGUGGCUACUCCAGUGUACUAGGAACAAUAUGCGCACGUUAAAGAACACCAGAUGGUCGAAAUUUCCGGAGCCCUCCACUACAGCGUCUCUCAUAAUCAUAUCGUGGUUUUGGGACGUAAAAUCCCAGAUAUUAUUAUUAGGAACAAUAUGCAGCAGGUUUGCUUCGCAUAACGCCGUUCCUUUUUUUUUUUUUUUUUUAAUCGUGCUGCGUGAUAGCUGGGACAUCCUGUAUAUAGGUAAGAAAGAAACACAACAGGACUGGCCAGUGCUGUUGUAUGUGUUUCUUUCGUCUUUGUCGUUUGUACUUUUCAAGUACUCUCUAAAGUUGCAUCAAAUCGCCCAAAUCAAGGUAUUGAAAUACUUCGUUAUAUUGAGGUUUAAAGGGACACUAAAGAGAAACAAUGAAUUGGUUUAGAUUGAUAAAGUGUGCUUGGAGAACUCUUGUGUAGUUUAUGUCACCACCAUAGGUUUAUUAUUAGAGGAGAAAACCAAGUUCAAAGUUUCAUUUUUAAAUUUCGCGCCGAACUUUGUAAUUCGUGACGUAAAAGACUUCAAAGAGCAUUUAACGUACCUUGGCGCCACUGGCUCGACGAAAUUUCCACAAACUAGUUAUGUCAAGUCUCUGGCCCCCUCAGAGGACAAUGUACUUCGAUUUAACCGAUUAGGAACUAAGUAGGCCCAAGAAGGCGCCGUCAAAAAUAUGUGACGUCACGGCGAAUGGUGCGGGAAUUCCAAGGUGGCGUCGCCACCUGUAUUUUCUUCUUGCGCGUUUUCUCGCUUAUUAAGCGUCUUCUUGCAGCAAGCGUGGUGUUUUUGGUAUCGUGGAAGACUACUUUACUAAUGCGAGAAAAAUCGUUUUGCUAUUUAGUGUCCCUUUAACUGUGUCUGGCGGGGGCCAAUUUUGGAAUCGAAAUAACGAAAGUUACAGCCCGUAUGAAUGUGUGGGUGCCAGAGGGGCUUAUUGUUAAGAUCAAAUUAACCGAAAAAUUGCAGUUUUGCCCAUAGUACAAAAAGAGUAACGUGACAGUUGGUACACAGUUGCGUAUGGCAGUCUUUUAUUGUUUCGUGUAGUAUCGGAUGGAGUUAUGCGUAUUUAUUUUGGUGACAAAGUUAAAUGUAAUAAAAUAAGCUUUUUUUUUUAAACUGCUCGGUCUUUCAGCAAUCUUUGUUGCAAUUUCCACUCUGUUUAAAAAAACAUUGUGAGCAUCCAUAUGGCUAUUCAGAAAAAAAAAGACUGGCAGCUCUUGCAGCUUCACUGAGGAGUGUGUUGUGGCACACUUUUAUGUAGCUGUAAUCUGUGUUCUGAAUACCUGGAGCCACUGAUGGCAUCUGCAAAAUAUGGUGUACAUGUUCGUGAGCAUUAUUCAUGCUCCACUUCCUUUCUCUUUUAAACAAUAAUUUCUUUUAAUGUUCCAUGGUUGUAUUCAAGCUAGACUGUAUGUGAACAAAGCAGGUCGCCAUCUUCUCCUAACAUGCACUUCAGUUCAUCCCUAACAUUGUAUCUGCACUUCUUGUGCUAGUUUUUUUUCUCUCUAGAGCCUAUGCAUGACACCAUUUUCUACACAUCAUGAUCAUGGGAACAUGUGAGCAAUGUCGGUUCACUAGUAGUCGGGCCAUCAGUCUUAUGAACCUGUUCCACUUCACUGCCAAUAAAUCUUGGAAAGGCCUUCACAGGUUCCACUGAUGGUUAGGCGAUUCUUCGUUUGCCUUAUAGACCGUUAAAAAUAUAGCAGCGUUAUUCCAAUGCAAGAGGAGUGUUUCAAGCGGGCGGCAAUUAUAGCAGCUACAUUGUGAAUCGCAACAUUGCAGUUUUAAAUUUUCUUUAGGACUAAGUUUUCAGUUGUUUCGGAAAUCCACAUGCACAAUUAGCUAUGUCUUGGAAGGAGAGAUGAUUUUAUUACCUAUGCUCAGGAUAUUAUGUAAGAGAGCAGCGUGUGACAGGUCACAAGCACUUUGCUGUAACAUUCAUUGAAAAAACAUUUAUGUUUUGUUUCAAGUGAUACAGUGGUGCAGUAUGUUGUGCAAACCCUUUUUCUGUGCACCUUUAUGCAUAAGGAAUGGUUUCCUCUUUAAAGGUCCUUGCUUUACACUUUUUCCUCGAGCGGUGCUGCCUUGCAUCUGUCUGCCCCAGAACAGGAUGUCAGUGCGCGUCAUGGUGUGCCAGUGUGCUGCCGUGCUCUCCAGUGCCGCCAGUGAAUUUGCAUUUUCGAAGGUAGCCGAGUUCCAGAGCAGAGUGCCGCCAUUUGAAUUGUGCAGAGGAAUGUGCCCGUUUCGUGUCAUGCAUGCGCACAAAUGCAACGGUUGCCAGAACACCGACCAGCGUCCUCUCUUUGGGCUCGGCCAGUGGACGUGGGCACUCACAGAGCAACCGUUUCCGCCGCUGCCAUCCCCACUUGGAGCUGGGCUCAAGCUAUGCGGCGGCAUCUUUGAAAACGACAGCGGCGUCCCCUUCUCGUUCGGUGUCAUCUGGAGACUUGCCCCCAUUUGUUGACAAGUGUGUGUAUGUUUGCAUGCGUGAAGUUGUGGUUCACUGCCAAGCUCUUGCCCAGCCUUCAUUCUAAUGCAUACUGCAGUUGCUCACUGUUCCUGCGAUUCUUUGUUACCCGAGCCAGAUUGAUAGCAACCAUUAUCGCCCCUCUUCAAACUCAUCAUCAUCAUAAUCUGCUGCUAUAUAGGUUGUUGGUUGGUGAUGUUUAAGUAGGGGUGCAAGAUGCCAACUGCCCAAUCCGCGUAGCUUUGGCACAAGGCCUAGUAAUGGAGGGCUGGCUUGUACGCCGAGGUGUGCAAGAUGCCUGCGUUUUAACAAUGUCACGCCAACAUUGAUCAGCAAGCAAGUCGGUGCUUUCGCACACGGUAGAACAGCAGCAUUGGUGAGGCUUAUUACCGUAGAAAUUCUUUCCCAUCUGUUCAUAGGAUUUCUCAUCUUUUAGCAGUGAGGAGACAUUCCUGACCAAAGCAGUGGUUUGGCAGCAAGCUAGCUACCUUGAUAUCUGGCAAAAGCUAUUGAAGAUUAAAUGAGUUGCUGCAAAACAUGGUUUCAGAACUGGAUAUGCUUGACUGUUGCUGCGUUUUUAAACUUUCAUGACUCUUUGAAACUACCGACAUCGCAACGCAUUAACAGAGCCAACAAUGUACGAGAGAAAUUUCAUGGAUUGGUUAUUUAGGUUGCUCCUGUUAUCCUGAUUUACUGUGACAACCAAGCUAAUGAUUUCCGCACACAGAAGCGAGAUGCUUGUUGCUGCCGUUGCUCUCAAGAUGGCUUACUAUAGGAUCCCUGUAUCACCCCAGUGUCUUUGAGUAUGCCCAACUUGACAAUUUUGCUACCUUAAAUUCCACUAACAUGCCAACUUGCUUUGCGAUCAGUGCUCAGUUGACAUUGUUAACUGAACUUGAGAAGGACGUGCACCAACACUUGGUGUACAUGCUGCCCUCUGUUGAAAGUGUGAACUCAUAAUAUGCACUGUCUACCAAUGUCUCACAUAGCCAGCCACAGUUUGUUUUGCGUGGCACCACAUAUAUGCAUAGGCAGCUAAGAGUUGUGUUGGUUGGUGUCGAAACAUUCCAGUGGCUUAAAUAAUUUGUGAAUUACAAUACUGCCAGACGAAUUCGUGGCCUUAUUUUCCGCAUGAGCUUUUGCAUGCUUGGAGCUACGGCACUUUUUCAUCUAUGGCAACGUAGCUUCCUUUUUUUUCCUUUUUCAUGAAUUGUUAGUACCCGAGUGUAGUUCACCCGGUGCUUUUAGUGGUACUUUGUACACCUGUGCAGAAGAAACUACGACAUUUCCUCUAGAGUUCUUGCGUUCCUUUUGUUUAUAUCAUGCAGUUUGUGUGUAAAUGCUCAAGUUACUAUGAAUGGAAGCUUUUGUAGCUGCUUGAUAUGCCACAGUCACUGGCAGUAACCAUUUUCUAUAUUCACGCUGGUGUGUGUGUGUAUUAGAUACGAGGGUGUAGUCUUUCGACGGAGCAAUGAAAGUGAUUUUAUAGAAGUUGUUUUGAAGAUGUUUGAAUGUGUUGGUGGCGAGUGUGUGGAGGCAGUCAUGCAUACAAGAUUGAUAACAUCUACAUUAAGGUUGUUGGGCGGGCAUUGGUUUUAUUUUUUUCACUCACAAAUCAGUCUUUGCACACGUUAUGUAAACAUGCAAUCCACAUAACAAUCAAAAUUAAAAAGUUCCUUUUUUCCCCCUCUUUUGUAGUCCGUUGACAGUUCGGUGGUCGGCUUCCUUAAAUACAAUCUUGUACAUUACAAGAUGUCCCCAUGAAUCAAACUUUAUACACUUGAGAUGAAAAAAAAGUUCAUUUUUUGUUGUUUAUAGCACAAUUCUCCACUUUGUAUUGCACUAGUUGUACAGAGCCCGAAAACGUGAAUGUUGAUUGCCUGCUGGGAAGAGACCUCCUUUUGCAACAUGCUUCAGAUGAAUCCCUUGGAAGCUUAGAGCAAAGAAGUAUGUUAUUCUGUCGUUAACUUUAACUUGUGCAGCUCCCAGUGACGUAGUUUUGUACAUUUUUAGAGUGUUUUACACCUAAGCUAGGGCAGGUUUUAUGCUGUAAAAAAAAAGCGUAGUAAGUGACAGCUUUUAGUAUAUCAUUGUUUUACUUUUGACCACCACUUCUGCGUACUUUACUGCAGACAAAUCUGACUUCUUGGAUGCGGAGACCAUCUUGCAAAGCUGUAGGUAGCUGUUGUUCGUCACCUUGAUGUAAUUUUUUUAAGGGUCUGUGCCUGUUUCGUCCAGAGGUGUGAUUGUUGGUUGCGAGCCCUUCCAAGUGUUAGAGCACUGUUAAUACUUGAAUGUUUGUUCUUUAUAUUAAAAAAAAAUACAAGACAGACUCGCCUAUAUUGUGGAGGUGAGUGGUGCAGGUGAUGUGUUAUACACGAGCAGUCAAGUGAGCAGUAUGUCUUGCAUGUCUCGUAACCGUUGCAAGUGUACUUGUUGUUCUGUGUAUAGUUUAGGGCUUUUCUUUUUUUUUUUUUCCCUCUUGGCCCACACUUUUAUUUCUCCAUUUUUGAGAAGACAUCCAAGCACAGCUCAGGUGAAAUCUGCACAGACGCAAAGCAUUUAGAAUCUCGUCCAGGCAGCUUGGUACAAAAACGAUCGGCUGUACAAGGUGUGCUUGGUGCUGGCAUCGCAAAGAGAUGCCGGUGAGGUGCAGAGGAAAUAGAUGCAUGCUCGGCGCUUGGCUUAGGCACAAGUGCCUCGCUUACUUUGAGGCCCAGCUAUUUCAUCUGUUGCUGGCAUAUCAACUGCGAGUUGUGUGGAAUUUAUAUUGCGUACACAUUAACCCCUUCCCUGUUUCAAGUGAGCACGGCUCGUCCUUGCCGAACUGUCUCCAAAUCGUUUUGGACGAGUGUAGCUUGUCCACUUGAUGCGAGAGCUUUUCGUUGAUGGAAUGAUGAAAAUUUCUACCAUCAUUCUUGUUUUUAUUUUAUUAUAAUUAUUAGCAGGUAGCCAGCCUGUUUUUUCAUAAGCAAUUAACAAACUUCUUUAGCUAACUUGACUUUGUAUGUGCUUCAGUUUUUUUUAAUAGCAAGAACUUGCUUUUCAGAGGAGAAAUAUUCAACACCAACUUGUAAAAAAGUAAGAAUUUUAAGGAGAAAACUGCUCGAAAUAUCAAAACUUCAGGAUUGUCAGAAUUUACCCGAAACCUCCCACUGCAAUCUCUCCCGUAGUUCAAAUGGCAAUUUGCAAUGGUGAACGCUUUCUAAUUGAUUCUACAUUGUACUGAGCUUGUCCAUCUGUGAUUGUGCCAGAGAUGAUUCUUGCACAGAUAUGGCUUUUCAUAUGUGCAUUGCAGCUUGUUGUAUUGGGAUUUCACCACCUGUUCAAUAAAUACCAAGGAGGCAAGCAAACUUUAGGGCACCAGACAGAGAGCAGCUUGUACUAAAUCUCGUGAUCCACAUGGCUGGCUGGGCUCUUGUUGCUUGAAGCAACAGAACAGGCAGCUUGCACCAUCCAGGUGCUGAGCAUGCGCUAUCGCUUGUGCCUUGUCUCUCUCUCUUUUGUCAGGCCAACACCUGUGGUACUAUGCUGCAGUGCCACUCUUUUACUUAGUUUUUCUCGACCAAGAGGACAAGUCCCAGCUGGUGAUCAUGCUCACAUUCCUUUGACCUGUCCUUUAGAAAGCUUUGUACGGUCUGUAAAAUAUAUUGUAUGUAGAACUUUCUUGGUCUAUGUACCGUGAGCUUGCGCCAACUUUUCAGUGCAGUGUUUUAGGUGUAGGCAGCCAUCUGUUGACGAAUGGUGCGGCGGUUUCUUCGGGUUGCUUUAGUGCAGCCGAGUCAUAUCUCGUCCUUUCUGGCCAGUGGCAGUUAUGCAAGUCACUGGCUGAUGGGGCUUUCUUUUUAUCAGAUGUGGAAGACAGCCACAUCUUUCAUGUCUGUGCAGUGCAUUUCAGGCUUUUAUUUUUCUUUUUUUUGUUCUACACCCCCAACCGGUGAGUAGGCACCAGUGAGGAGAGACAUACAGUGGCACACCCCCCAAAAACAUCACUGCCAGAAUCAUUCUACUGGGAAUGUGGCACAAUAUUUUUUGCUCACCUCCUUGUCUUUGUUUUCAUUGUGGAAACAAGUGUCAACAGGUUCUCUGUACUAGUUGUUACAAAAUAAAGGAAUGUCUAUUCAACCCUGUCCACAA